CUUGGGAUGGCAGUAUAACUCAUAUAGUGUGUAUUAAACGUGAUUAGAGAAAAUUAUAACUUCGAAUGUGAAUUAAGCGUGUGCCUUAGCUUAAGAAACUAUUUGAUCUAAAAAUAUUUUGGAUCAUAAUGGGCAGUGUUUGGAAACGUUUACAGAGAGUUAACAAACGUGCGGCAAAAUUUCAGUUUACUGCUUCGUAUCAUGAACUUCGAUUGGAAACCACGGCUAAGUGGCGUCCUUCAAACAUCUCGGUAGUUUGGACUCGCCGUUCGAGGCGUGUUGCUAGCUCACCAUUACCAUGGGAGCCAGAUAUGAUGAGCCCCCUAAUGGGAAACAUUUCGUGGCCAGUUCCCGACAAUCACGCUAUAUCAGUAACUUUAUUCAAAGAUCCUCGCACUCAUGAACUUGAGGAUAAAGACUGGACAUUUGUAAUCGAAGAUAUUUCACUCCUGGGUAAAAAACGAGUAUUGGCAAGUGCAAGCAUAAAUAUGCGUAAAUAUGCCAGCAUCGAGUCUACACAGCAGAGUUUUACAUUAAGCCUCAAGCCAGUUUCUCGCAAAAUUACAUCCGCUGACUUGGAAUUAACAAUAAGCUGUGUGUUUUUGCGAGAGGGUAAAGCAACUGAUGAGGAUAUGCAAAGCGUUGUAUCAUUUAUGUCGGUUAAUAACAACUGCGAUGUCGCGCCACUGGAUGACCUAGAGGAUAUUCCAGACUUAGAAACCUCUGGUGAUAUAUCUGAUAAUUUAUAUGACUUCACCCAACAAUUAGAGCAAAUGACAACAAGCUUAAACGGUUGUACCGAUGUACCAACACCGCUAAGUGUUCCCUCGUUAUCCGAAGACCCAACUCCUUUGGCAGAAUCCCUUAACCAUCUACACUUUGAAGUAGAAACGGAUCGUGCAAAUCAUUUAGCUGUCGGAUUACAGCCCCAGUUAAUAGUUGAUACUGAUGAACCAUUAAGUAUUGCAGCUGCAGCUGAGGCACAGCUUAUUACGCCUACUAAAGGCAAAGAUAGUCAUCAGUAUACAACGGAAAAUAAUAUCGUUUAUAAACCGUUGGAAUAUAAUCGAAACGAAAGUUUUCAUGAAUUGCUAACAUCUACUCCUAUUAAAGAAAAAUCAAAUACCACAGAAAAAUUAAAGUAUAAGAACGACUUAAAUAAAGCUCUAACCCUUGACAAGCAAGAUUGCAGUGCCGUGGAUGUGCUAAAAGUCCAAGCUAAUAAUUCUUACAAUGAUCAAUCAGCCGCUGACUUGAAUAUAACUCCAGUCAGCAGAAAGUCAACUGGGUCAGUGCAAUCGAUUGAAAACUCAACGAAGCCUAUAGACGACGUAGCAAUAAUAUCAAUUGUUAAACGCCCGGAACUUCAGCCCUUGAAUUUAAAGAAAAGCUAUGACUCUACACCCGCUGUAAAUAAUUCUACGAAAAUAAAUAACUCCGAUUUAAAACCAUUACAAAAGAUCGUGCUAAAGGAUAACACCCCUGGACAAGAUUUGUUAGAGUGGUGUAAAGAGGUAACCAAAGAUUAUCCAAAUGUGAAAGUCACAAAUUUAACUACUAGCUGGCGUAAUGGAAUGGCUUUCUGUGCAAUCAUUCAUCAUUUUAUGCCGCACUUGAUAGAUAUGUCUAAGCUGACUGCCCAUGACGUUGUUGGCAACUGUCGUGCAGCCUUUGAUGCAGCAGAAACAUUGGGAAUACCACGUGUUAUUGAGCCACGUGAUAUGGAUUUACUCACAGUACCGGAUAAAUUAGCUGUCAUGACAUACUUGCACCAAUUGAGGGCUCAUUUUACUGGAAAGCAAUUGCAAAUUGAACAAAUUGGUCCAACAUCGGAUGAGUCUAGCUAUGUCAUCGGCAACUAUAAAUCUGAUAAUUUAUCGCAAAAUCUUAUCAAUUUUUCUCAUCUGAAGACACAGAUUUUACACCAAAAUUCGUUCGAYGAAGAUAACCUUUGUCAACAACAACAACAAAUAUCACCCUCCAGUAAAAAAGACGUGAAAAAUAUUAUACUGACUAGUUCAAAGAGUAUAUUGGGUAAAGUUCUGUCUCCAACAAAAGAUAAAAAUGCAACCAACGCAAUACAAACCACAAGUCAAAAUAAUAAAUCAAUAUUAAUUCGCCGCUCCCCUACGCCACCCCCUAUUGAUGACGAUGUAAAUGAGGAAAUGGCAAAGCUUAGCAAGGAACCUAUAUUGCCUAUGUCGCUCGAUGCCAAUGCAACAAGUCGCAUUUUAAUACGUCACAAAGAAAUGAGCGAAAAAGCUAAAUUGAUGAUGGAAAAAUUAAAAAUUAGUUAUGACGAACGCCUCGAUGCAAGUGAUCAGGAGGAACGCCAGCAGAGAUUACGGGAACAAGCACGACGGCUUAUUUUAGAAACGCGAAAUAAGAUAGCCGGACCUGUAAAUAACGUUGCUGGCAGUCCUACAUCCCCUACUAAGCUGAAGAGAUUUAAUUUUACUUCUGAGCUUACGAUUUCACCUACUCCAAACGGCAGCAACUGCGGAGAAUCUCACGUCGACGUUAUUUCUAAUCAAAUAGCCUCUACUCGGGAUAAGACCAUAGAACAUGCUAUUCAUAUGAGUCCUAGUCAUAGAUUAAGUGAUGGAACCCUUACUCCACUACAAUCCUUUAACGCAGUGGUGGAGAGGAUUUCACCAAAGCAUGAAAGAAGAAAUGAUAGACUAACCUAUAUUGAGUCUGAGCUGGAAGCAUUGGAACGCGAGCAAGAGGCGAUUGACCAAAAGGCUAGCAAUCUAGAGGCCAAACUCCGUGCAGUCAUGGGCGGUAAUCCAAGUAAUAAUCGAAAUGGUACAAAUCCCUUCCUUAGAUUAAUACGCAAUAGCAUUGGUGGUGGUGAUGUCAUACGCAUUAAGCUCCUUGACUCGGAUGAUGAAAGUUUAUUUGGUAGUGGUAUAAGUGGUGCUAGCAGUGAUACUGAUGAGAAUAAUGACGAUGAUGAGGUAUAUAGUGACACUUCCAGCACCUCUGGCAGGAAUGAUAUGCAUCACCCUGUAAAUCAAGCUAUAUCAAUGCAACCGAUGCAGAAGAUGCAAACACGGUCGCGGCCUCGUGCUCACUCUUGUUUUGUAAAUGUAAAUCUUAACUACCCACUAAUACAGCCCACAUAUCAACACCAAAUCGAAACAAAUUACCAUCAUUGUCAGCAUCAUCAGCAUGGCACGGGCCAAACUCCGCACCACGUUCAUCACGUGGAAUCUUAUAGCCAUUUACUAUGUAAUUCUGCCUCAGUUGCGACUUCCAAACAAUCCUGUGAUAAAGUACAUGUCUUUAAUGGGGAAGGUGACAAUUCUCCAGUUGUAGCUGCCACUAGUCAUGCUGCUUGUUGUCGACGAAGACGUAAUGGCCACAAAAGGGGCCAGCAAAAACACCGACAGUCGCGUUCCCGCGGCUUUUGUGAAACUGAAGAGACGGAAGAACAAUUACUUUCGCAGUGGUUCACGCUUGUGAACAAGAAAAAUGCACUUCUUAGGAGGCAGAUGCAGUUAAAUAUUCUUGAACAAGAAAAGGAUCUUGAGCGUAAAUUUACAAUGCUUAAUCAGGAACUCCGCGCUGCCCAGUCCGUGGAGGAUUGGCGAAAAACAGAGGUACAACGAGAAAAGGAACGUCUAUUGCUAGAAGAAUUGGUGACGAUUGUUGAUAAAAGAGAUCAACUAGUACAGCAUUUGCAUAACCAAGAAAUAGCUAUUGAGGACGACCAGGAAAUAGCACGCGAGCUUGAACAAGUUGACAUUAGCGGUGGAAAAGAAAAAUGUAUUAUACAAUAAAAACCGUUUGUGUGUUUUUUGACAUAAUUUAACAUGAUUGGAGAUUAAACUUUAACAU